GCCAUAGUAACCGGCGCCGUUAGCUUAGCUUGCUAAGUGACUACAUGGUUAGAAGGUUAUUAGCUAGCUUCAUGCUAAGUUGGAUUCAACAGAAAUUUCCCUAAUGAACGUUUUUUUAAACUGCGCUACAAUAAAAAAAAUACUUUUAUACAGUUUUUAUGAAUUUUAAUUGUUAACCUUGUUCGUGUUUGGUCAGAUUUGUGACAGUUAGCAGCUGGCUAAUGAGCGAGUUGCUAAGCUACAAACAGCUCUCCGCUGCCUAUAUAGGUGCACUACAUAGGGUGUGUUAGUACACACUCCACACUCUACCUAGUGCACUACUUAUCCCAUAGGGCGUGAUUUGGGAUGAAGACGGUCGCUUGAGAUGAUCUGUGAUUCGCAGAGUCACAGUGUGACGAAAAAUGGCUUUGCGGCAGAUUCUGUUUUUGCUCAGACCACACGGGAGCCGAUUAUCACAAUCAGUUACUGUGUUCAAAUACUUCAGCACAACAGAAGCAGACUACAAUGAAACAAAAACAGACUUCAGUGGUGAUAAAACAGACUCUUCUUCCCAUGGUUCUGGUUCUGAGAACAAGUCUUUGUUGGAGAACCUCAGUGUGCUCGGCGUGGAUGUGCAGAUGGCGCGGCGCCGUCAGCCUGGUGUUUUCCGCAAAAUCCAAACAAACGAGCAAGGAUUGAUUGAUUUCCUUGAACAGAAAGGCGCGAGCCGUGAUAUAAUCGCUAGCAUAAUUUCCCGUUUUCCACGUGCCAUAACAAGAUCCGAGGAACACCUGGCGGAACGCUGGCGUCUGUGGCGCAGCAUCUUCAACAGCGAUGGCGAAGUUGUUAAGAUCCUAAACCGUUCUCCAGAGUCAUUCUUCCGCUCAAGUGAUAAUGGCAACCUCGAGAAGAAUAUACAUUACCUAAGUUCACUGGGGAUAAAGCCUAAAGAUCUGCACCGUCUCCUAACCAUGGCACCGAGGAUCUUCUCAAACACCUUGGCACUGAACCGGACGAUGGUGGAGCUCUUGGAGAAUGUGUGCAUGAGCCUUGGAGGUACUGACAGUGAGAAGUUUGCCCGCACUGUCAUUUCCAGAAACGUGUACAUCCUGAUCCGGAGCACGAAGCGUGUCAGGUCCAACAUCGAGUUCCUCUUGAGUGCACUGGAGCUCAGUGAUGAGGAGGCGCUCAAGCUUCUGCAGAGCCACGGCGCCAAAAUCCUCGACCUGUCGCACGAAAGUAUGAAGACGAACUUCAGAAACCUGCAGCUGAAGCUAAAGUCUCUGGGCUGCAGCCAGGUGCAGGUGAGGGAGCUCAUCCUUAACUACGCUCCCAUACUCUUUGUCUCCUCAGACACGCUGAACCAGAAGCUGGACUGCCUGAUUGAAGGUGGGAUCGACAUCAAACGCAUCAUCGAGAAACCUAAAGUGCUGGAUUACAGCGUCGCUACCCUGAAACAGCGGCUGCAAGAUCUGCACCAACUUGGUUAUGACUUUAAGGUGAAUGGAAUCAGCAUCUUGGAUUUGAGCAGCAAGCGUUUCAAAUCUAAAAUGGAGAAACUGCGAGAACUUGGAGUGUGAGAGGCCGUCAAAUGUAGGGGGAGAAGAUUGUUCAGCAAAAGGGUCAAACAAAAUCAAACUUAUAUAUAUAUAUGUACGCUGAAGUGUGUAGUAUCUACAUGUAUGUGCCUGUCCUAUGUCUGUUCCUAUGUCACAUUAGGUUGCUAAAUAGCGACUGUGUCUAAUACAUGUUUUUCUAAUUUGCUAAAGUGCUAUUCAGGGUUGCUUGUUUGCUAGCAUGCAGUUGUGCUAAAUGGCAGGUUUGCUAAGGGGCUAAUAUUAACCAGCUUGGAAUUGACCCUGCCAUUUAUGGUCCGCUAUACAGCCAAAAGUAUGUGGCCAUCUGACCAUCAAACCCAUUUGUCAAACUGUUACCACAAAGUGUCUAGAAUGUCUCUGUAUGCUGUAGCAUUACACUUUCCCUUCACUGGAACUAAGAGGCUGAAACCUGUUCCAGCAUGACAAUCCCCCUGUGCACAAAGUGAGCUCCAUGAAGACAUGGUGUGUGAAGGUUGGAGUGGAAGAACUCGAGUGUCCUGCACAGAGCCCUGACCUCAACCCCACUGAACACCUUUGGGAUGAACUGGAACACCGACUGAACCCCAGACCUCCUCGACAUCCCAACAUCAGCGCCUGACCUCACUAAUGCUCUUGUAGCUGAAUGAACACAAAUCCCCACAGCCACGCUCCAACAUCUAGUGGAAAGCUUCUCAGAAGAGUGGAGCUCAUUAUAACAGCUGGAAUGGGAGGUACAACAAGCACAUAUGGGUGUGAUGGUCAGGGGUGCACAUAUUUUUGGCUGUAUAGUGUACAUUUGCUUGUUUGCUACUUGGCCACCAUUUGCUAACUCAGUGGCAGAGUAAACUCCAUCUGUCCAGGUGGAAAUAUCAGAAGAAUAAAACCCAAGCUCUUAUGGUCUACAGCGAGAUCCUCAUCCAGCACUAACAAACUUUCAUCGAACAGAGACAGAAAAAAAACAGGUCUCAAGAUGGCAGACAAGGGGAAGAUUAGAAUACAGCGUAUUAUUCACCAUAUAUCUCAUACAGUGUUAAACGUCAUGUCUUAUACCACACUGACACUGCUGACAGCGGGAACAUGACGAGCUGUGUUUUGUUUUUUUAUCUUAUGAACUUUAAGAGAGAGAAUAAAGAGCCUGGUGAGGGAACGACUGUUUGUAGCUGCUAUAACGUAAGUGACAACAGGAUCUAACUUCUGUCACAGAUGGUUAACAUUAAAUGUGCAACAUUAAAUAUAACUAUAAAUGGAUAAAAAUCAUGAUCCAUUAAUAAAUUAAAUAUGAUCA